AUGGGUUCCCUCAGGACUCUGUUCCUGAGCGUUGACUCUGCAACCGCAAGCAUAGUGGCGUACAAAGCUGCUGGAACCAAACACAACGUCUUGUUAUCGGAAUCCCUGCUUGACCAGCUCUACAACAACUGGAACAACCUGGAGCUGACAGACAACAACCAACCAGCUAUCCUCCGAAACGCCUUCAGCCUACCGAAAGUCAUGGAAAGUCAUUAUCUCGAGCUUCAAAAUGAGAUCAACCAGGUUGUCAAAACGGAACUAUACGACGAAGCAGCCAGAGACAACUUGAUUAAAGCAUCGCUGCGCAUCUUGACCGAAUCGCUUCCGGAUCUCGUCACAUUCAACUCAUCGAUCGUCGAUCAAAUGCAAUGGGAGCGUGUCUCAAACGUGGAACUUACGGACGGAACCUCGGAAGCCGAAUGCGAUCUCUUCACACUCCUCAAUGAGUUCUGCUGCAAUGCUAUUCUACCCCCGAUUGUCGGAGCACAGUUUACAGAGUCCUAUCAACUCCUUGCCACCGAUCUGGCGAGCUGCAACGAACGAUUUUGGGCUCUCGCUCUCGGAUUGCCGCGACUAGCACCUAUCCAGGGACUACCAGGAGCAGCUCUUGCACGGAAGAGAUUACUGAGAAACUUUGCAAAGCAAUUUGAAGACUUGUCGAAUCCACCAGUGAGGAGGGUGCCAGACGACGAUGAGAGCGUGAGCGGGGAAGAAGACACAGAUGCCGAUGUAGUUACCCCUCUUAUGAAGUUGAACGAACUCUUCACCAAGCAUGAACUACCAGCCGAACUACGAGCUUCGAUCGGGCUUCACGUGGUUCACGAUAUCUACUCAGAGGUCAUGCCAAUCGUAUUCUGGACGGUCGUACACAUCUACUCUUCAUCCAAGGCGGAAAGCGCUAAGGCUUCACAAGAUUCGCCUCUUGAGAGGAUCAAAGCAGAAUCCAAAGCAUGGGCUCAAGCCAUACAGCCUCCGUCGAUACAUCCAUCUUUCCCAGCACCACCAGAGAUACGCUACGGGUCAGUGAAGGAAGUGCUUACACCGACCUCGCUACCUUAUCUUCGCUCAUGUAUCAACGAAGCUCGGCGACUAUACAACUGCUCUAUCAGCACAUAUAAAGUCCAAAAAUCACUUCAUCUAAAGGACGACACGGAGCAAUGGGAGCUAGAAGCAGGCUCGUACGUCGACUUGGGCCUCUCUCGAUCUCUCAUAAACUCAUCACCAACACAUCACAUCUCACCACGAACCUUCAAGCCCGACCGGUCCGUGGAUACUCCAGCAUCAUCAUCCAUCGUUUCGGCCACCGAUAUCUCGCAAUCCUACAAAACCAACCUCAUCAUCUCCAUCGUGUCCGGCAUCACCCAACUCUGGGAAAUUUCACCUGCGCCAAAGAAGAGCUUCUUCGACCACAUCCAAGAAGCAGGGAACGAAGCGUCAUUCGGUGCCGAGGCGCCUACUGCAGAGCAAAAAGCCGCUAAAGAGGAAGCGAGCAGGGAGAAAGAAGAUGCCAAGCGGAAGGACGCCAAGUGGGUGCUUCCCAAAGCGGUUGAUGGAGCGGGAAUAAAGGUUCCCAAGGGAGACAUCCGGGUCAGGAUACGGAGAAGGGAAGGGUUGCCUGCUAGCAAGGUUGUGCGGAGGAUUGGUUAG